AUAUCGGAACAUAUGCGUGUUGCAUGUACAUACACAAUUACACACAGCUUGUAUCUAACUAUCGAUAAGUUUCGAAUUAUUAAUGAAAAAAAAGCCGUUAAACUUUACUUCUUCAAUUAGUUAAAGAACAGUAACCGACGGAGAACAGCUAUUAACUGUUGCAAAUUACCAGCUUCUGGGCCUGUUGUAUACUUUGUUUUCGAAAUAUGUAUUGUUCUGGGCAUUACUGAUUUCACUUGUUCUGUUUUAGGGUAUUGCAACAUCUUGAAUUAGUGGUAGGAGAUGAACGUAUCUGGUUUACUGACUUCUGCUGGAAUUAAUAUAGCCAUUUGCACGGUGCUAUUUUUACUGUAUUCAGUUUUGAGAAAACAACCGGGCAAUGUAAGAGUGUACUUUGGGCAAAGGCUUGCUCAGAGGAAAUCGAAAGGUGAUGGUCCUUCCUUAAUAGAAAGACUUGUUCCGUCAGCUAGCUGGAUAAUUAAGGCUUGGCAAACAACUGAAGAAGAGUUGUUUGCAGUUGGAGGCUUAGAUGCAGCUGUUUUCUCCCGGGUUGUUAUUUUCAGUAUCAGGAUCCUCUCUAUUGCUGCAAUUAUAUGCAUAUUUCUUGUGCUUCCCAUAAACUACUUCGGACAUUCCAUGCACCAUACGGAGAUUGGUUUAGAGUCAUUGAAAGUCUUUACCAUAGGGAAUGUCGGUCACCGAUCAAGAUGGCUAUGGGUUCAUUGUCUAGCAUUGUACAUUAUAUCCCUCUGCGCCUGUGCUCUUCUCUACAUGGAAAAUAAGCACCUUACAAACAUGAGGCUAGCAUAUAUUUCUGGAUCUCCGCAGAAUUUAGGUCGAUUUACGGUCCUUGUUCGUGCCAUUCCUUGGUCGGGGAAAUCUUACAGUGAUUCUGUGACCAAAUUGUUCACAGAUUACUAUGCAUCGAGUUAUUUGUCACAUCAAAUUUUGUAUGUCCCUGGCAGAAAACUUGUGAAUGAUGCUGAGAAGAUGUACCAUACACUCAACGUCCCUCGGAUGAGUAAACAUUGUGGAUCAAGUAUGGUAAGAUGUGGUCUUUGUGGAGUAAAUGAGAAAUCUAUCAGGAACCCUUCUGAGAAAUCAACAUUUGCGGAAGACAUACAUGAUUUUGCCGACGAUUUUAAAAAAAAGGAAUGUCCAGCUGCUUUGGUUUUUUUUAGAACUCGUUAUGCUGCUUUGGUUGCUGCUCAGACACUAGAACAUGUGAAUCCCAUGCUAUGGGUCACCGAGAUGGCUCCUGAACCAGAAGAUGUCUUGUGGGCAAAUAUUUGUGUGCCAUACAGACUGCUUUGGGUCCGUAAGCUAGGAAUUUUUAUAGCUUCUAUUGCCUUCUUGAUCUUCUUUCUCCUGCCUGUGUCGUUUGUACAAGGUCUCGUCCAUUUGGAGAAACUCGAGAAAAAGUAUUCUUAUUUGAAGAAGUUGAGCGGAAAGAGAAAUUUCAUCUUUGAUAUGGUCACGGGAUACCUACCUAGUGCAAUGUUGACGCUAUUCCUCUUCUGUGUUCCGCCAAUAAUGAUAAUUUCCUCGGCGGUUGAGGGUCCAGUUGCACGUAGUCUCAGAAAAAGGAGUGCUUGCCUCAAAGUUCUAUACUUUAUAAUAUGGAACGUCUUUUUUGCUAAUAUUUUAUCAGGUUCUGUCUUUGAGAGGUUUGAUAAAAUUUCGAGUCUCAAAGACAUUCCUGCGCAACUUGCCAAUGGAGUACCAUCAAUGGCUGUCUUCUUUAUGACUUAUAUAUUGACCUCUGGUUGGACAAGUUUGGCACUUGAACUAAUGCAGCCAUUUGCCCUUUUGUUGCACUGGUUGGAUAAAGGCUUAUUUAAAGGCAAGAAUGUUUUAAGUUGUGAGUCGCAGACUUUUCCAUACCACACAGAACUUCCUCGGGCUCUCCUAUUUGGACUUCUUGGCUUUACUUCUGCAGUCACGGCACCUCUAAUGUUGCCGUUCUUGCUGAUUUAUUUUUUUAUGGCUUAUCUCAUAUAUCGUAAUCAGUUUAUCAAUGUCUAUGUUACAAAAUAUGACACUGGAGGACUUUAUUGGCCUAUUGCACAUAGUGCGACAAUUUUCUCGUUGAUGUUAAUGCAAGUAAUACUUUUGGGAGUCUUUGGACUAAAAAAAUCAGCAGUUGCCUCAGGUUUCACCAUCCCACUGAUAGUUUGCACUUUCCUAUUCCACUUAUACUGUCGGCAAAGGUUUCUACCCGUGUUUAAAAGAAAAUUCGCCCAGGUUAUUAUGGAAAUGGAUAAACAAGAUGAGCUCUCUGGAAAAUUAGAAGAAUAUCAUGACCAGUUGCAGUCGGGUGCAUACUGUCAGUUCAAAACUACUUCAAAGACCUCUUCUACAUCUGGAAACAUGGAAGACUGUGAAAAUGGAAAAUUGGACUCUCCUUUAGUUGCACAGGUGAAACAGUCCGAUAGUGGUGAUCAUGAUAGGCUGCAAGACCCCGACGGUUCAAAGCCAGUAAAGCAAUCCAGUCUUUCACCAAAUAGAUUUCGUUAUGAAAGGACCAGUGCAGAAAUUGAAGAACCGAAAGCUGAUGCUCAGUAGGUUAUUAUUAUAUAAUGUGCAUAAUUCAUUUCAAUCGAAUGUAUACAUCAAAUCAGUUAUACAUUAGGCUAGCAGGUUGCUGUUUGUAGAGACGCUUUAACUUUAAAAUAGGCUUGAACUGUGUAAAUGUUGCAGUUGCAACUCUUUUUUGCAUUUGAUCCCCGGCUUUCAAAAUAAAAUACUUAGAACUCCAGAGUUCCUUUUCACC